AUGACUGGGUUCUGCUGCUCUCGUUCUGAUACACAAAUUGUGCUAGGACAAAAAUCUCAUUCUGGUAAAAGAAAACCUGAUGGAGAAAUCAAGUUUGGAUAUAGUUUAAUGAAGGGGAAAGCUAAGCAUCCAAUGGAGGAUUAUCAUGUUGCUAAACUCAUCAACGUCAAAGACAAUGAACUGGGUUUAUUUGCAAUCUUUGAUGGUCAUAAUGGUGAUCAAGUAGCUACAUAUUUACAGAAACAUCUCUUCUCAAACAUCCUCAAAGAUGGAGAGUUCUUGGUUGAUCCUCGAAGAACGAUUUCAAAUGCUUAUAAAAAUACAGACCAAACGAUUUUGUCUGAUACUAGUUCGGAUUUAUGGAGUGGUGGUUCCACUGCAGUGACUGCUAUUUUGGUCAAUGGGAAGGUUCUGUGGAUAGCCAAUGUUGGUGGUUCACGAGCCAUUGUGUCUCGUAGAGGUAAAGCAACACAGAUAAGUGUUGAUCAUGAUCCAAAUAAUGAUGCUGAAAGAAAUAUGAUUGAGAGUAAAGGUGGAUUUGUAACCAACAGGCGAGGUGAUGUUGCUCGAGUGAAUGGUAUAUUAGCUGUGUCUCGUGCUUUUGGUGAUAAGGACCUCAAAGCGUUUAUGAAUAAAGAGCCUGAUAUUAAGGAUGUCGAAAUUGAUAGCCACACAGAGAUUCUUAUUUUGUCUAGUGACGGUAUUUCAAAGGUGAUGUCUAACCAAAAAGCAGUUGACAUAGCUUUGAAGUUUAAAGAUCCAAAGGAAGCGGCCAAACAACUAGUUAUUGAAGCAUUGAAAAGAAACAGUAAAGAUGACAUAUCUUGCAUUGUUGUUCGGUUUAGAUAG